AUGGGCCAUCCGACGGUAGAUUCGGGCAAUCCGACGGUGCAGAUGGACCGUCUGGCGAUGGACAUUGGGCAUCCGUCGCAGCGGUCGCUGGACGAGAGGCUGAAGGAGGGCGAUGUGGAGGCUCUCGAGCGGAUAUCAGGAAGGGGUUCUCAAGCGUCUCAUGAAUACCCUUUUCCGUUGAUUCCCCCUUCCCCAAUCCCUUUCCUCGCCCUCUUCCCCUCCUGCCCGCCUCCCCAUUUCUCUACUCCCUCUCCUCCCCCGUUUUUCCGCGCGCAGAUUCCGAUGGAGUCGAGGCGCGCGUUCGAGGAGGCGUGGCAGGGGGUGAUAGCGGCGGGCGGCGAGGAGAAACUGUCGCCGCCCAAGGAGAUCGUGUGGCUCAACGGCGCGCCCGGCGCGGGGAAGGGCGCCAACACGCCCUUCAUCCUCCGCACGCGCGGAUUCGAAGCGCGCGCCAUACAAGUGAGCGACCUGUUGGGCGGCAAUGAGGACGUGGCGGCCAUCAUGAGAAGUGGCGGGCUCGUCUCCGACUCCAUGGUGCUGCAGAUCGUGCUGCAGCGCAUCCUCACGCUCGGCAACACGCCAGCCAUGCUACAGGACGCGGAUCACAGCGAGGUGGUGGCGAAUCCUCACCUCCCCCCCUUUUUCCUCUCUCCUCAGCAUCCUCACCCUCGCUCCCUCGUCCUUCUCCCUCCACCCUCCCAUCAGCGAAUCCUAACUCUCGGCUACACGCCAUCCAUGCUGCAGGACGCGGAUCACGCCAUGCUACAGGACGCGGAUCACGGCGAGGUGGUGGCGAAUCCCGAGGCGGGCGGCAAAGUGGCCGGCGCUGUGGUGGACGGGUUUCCACGCACCACCGUGCAGGUGGACUUCAUCAAGAUGCUCUAUGACAGGUGCGGAGCGUCCAAAGUGGCGGGCGCUGUGGUGGACGGGUUUCCACGCACCUCCGUGCAGGUCGACUUCAUCAAGAUGCUCUAUGACAGCUUUCAACGCACCACCGUGCAGGUGGACUUCAUCAAGAUGCUCUACGACAGGUUAAUGGAGCUGCAUCACAAGUAUCUCAACACGCCCCUGGAAGCACAGUUUCCCCGACCCAUCUUCCGUAUCGCCGUCCUGUACGUGGAGGAGGAGGAGAGUGUGAGGCGGCAGCUGGCACGGGGCAGGGCGGCCAUUCAGCACAACCAGCGGGUGGUGGACAGCGGGAUAGGGGAGCUGCAGGAAGUGCGGGCGACUGACUUGUGUGAGAAGUCAGCCCGCCGCCGCUACCACAUAUUCCGGCAGCACUACGACACUCUGCUGCGCCUCAAGGCCUUCUUCCCCUUCCACCUCAUUGAUGGCAUGGGGACGCUGGCUGAGUGCAGAGAGCAGGUAUGGGGUGCUCUGCUGCGCCUCAAGGCCUUCUUCCCCUUCCACCUCAUUGACGGCAUGGGCACACUGGCAGAGUGCAGGGAGCAGAUAGAGAAGGAGCUUCAGUAUCAGAGCGCUUUGGAGCUCAACCUAACCACGUUCCGAGCCAUCAGCCACAUUCCCCUCGCCUCUGACAUAGCCAAGUAUGCGCGGCAGAACAUGGUGACUCGCCUCGACAGUUACCAGCAGAAGGACCCUGCCACGUUCAAGGAGGUCAUCGCAGUGAUAGACUCGCAGGUCAUCCCCAUCAUCCGCCGCUCUGCCCUCUCAGGCUUUGCCAUCUUCAACACCGAGCUCCCGGUCUUCUUCGACCGCCCAGGAGCACCUCAAAUGCUGGCGGAUAUUCUAGCAGAGCGUGGCUACUUUGUGUACUGGCAGACGCGCAUUCGUGAAGUCCCAGUGCGCAUAGACCCAUCCACCUUUGCCAUAGAGUGUCUGCGCCGCACCACCAUGGAGUUCCGCAUCAAGUCCUUCCCUUCCCCCUCUCCCUUCCCCCUCUCCCUUCCCCCUCUCCCUUCCCCCUCUCCCUUCCCCCUCUCCCUUCCCCCUCUCCCUUCCCCCCCUUUCCCUCCUCAGACGCGCAUUCGGGAGGUGCCAGUGCGCAUAGAUCCAUCCACCUUCGCCAUCGAGUGUCUGCGCCGCACCACCAUGGAGUUCCGCAUCAAGUUCGACCGCCCGCUCAUCCGCUCCUCUGACUCCCUCUCCUCCCUCUCCGCCUCCUCCUCCUUCCUCACUGCCACCGCCGCCAAAGCCUCUGCCUCCGCCUCCUCUCCCUCCUACUCCUCCUCUCACUCGCUGCUCACGCUGCAAUCAGCCACGUUCCAACCACCGCCAGAGACUAAGGCAAGUGCCAUGUGCCCUUCGUUCCCUGGGGGGAAUCCGCCCUGCUUUGUGCCGGAUAAGGAGUUGAACGGAGGGAGCUCGGAAGAGGAUGGGUCGGGUGCGGGGGUGCGAUUUCUCGGCCUGAGGGGUGCCCGGCUCUGCCUCCUUGGGUUCCCACUGGGGAGAAGAGGAGGUGACAGUCAAGAUGAGGGGUGA